GUAAAUUUCGUUAGAGCGAAAACCGGUUUCAGACAUUUCACAAAACCUUAGUGACGUUGUUGGUCGAGUUCUGAGAGGAAAUAAGCAAUACCUGUCGAAAAAAAUGAAUUUUAAGUGCAUUUCUACAUUGCUUGCACUGGUUGGUAUUGCCAACGCUGUGCAACUGGACUCAGUUUUAACGACUGAAAACAGCAAACAACUAAUUUCCAAGUUUAAGGCACCAUACAAGACAUUGGAAGAUGCACAUUACUCAAUUGUUGGCCUGAAGAGUUAUCAGCAAGGAGGUGCAGUUGCUUCUGCAGAAAAAGAGGCUGCUUGCAAACUUGUGAAAACUGUAGACACCAAAUCUUUGACAUCAAUCUUCUAUGCUGCCACUACUCAAGCAGAGAUCCCAGCUUGCAAACACGAGUUCAACAGCGAGACCCUAGAGUUUGUGAAAGGAAAAAUUUCUGAGACUUCAGAUGUUAAAACUAUUUACGAAGCUGUUUCUAUCUUGAAGAGUUUGGGAAAAGCAGUUGACAGCGAUGAAGUGAUCUCAGUCCUUCUAGCUGCAGUAAAAGCCGACAACAGUGUCUUGGCUUCAUCCCUUGCACUACUCACUGCGUCUCAGCUCUCCAAACCAAACUUAUCAUCCCUGCUUAAAUCUGUGGAUGUUGAGGAUAUGGCAGCACAAGCUGAUGAACUGAGUGAAAGAUAUCUUCACUUUGACAACGAUCUCGCUGUAACUGCCACCUUCCUCUCUGCUGCCAUUAGUCUCCCAGCUAAAAGCCUUCCAAUCAGUAAUGACCAAGUUAUUCUGUUUUCCAACUUUGUACUUCGCCACAAGAACUCUGUAUCUAGCAUCAAAGAAGCGUCCUUGCUUGUAUCUGCUCUUGCAAAAGUGGCUUCUGCAUCACAGAUUGCUGUUGGGAAAGCCCAACUUAUAUCUGGAACCUCUCUUUCAGAAGCUAACCCAUCUAUUAAGGUUUCUAUCUUGAAUGUAUUUGGGCAACCAAUACCCAACCUUUCAGUGAAAGCCGAAUCCAUCAUCCGUGCUUCUGAUAACGAAGUUUUGUUGUCUAAUGCUGCGUUUAAAGUUGAUGAGAAUAUGAAUUACCAACUUCUAUUCUGGAAAAACAAACCAAAGAGUGGCUUUUAUGAUGUCACACUUGCUGCUUCCUCACCAAAAGCUACCUUGGUCGGCGUCUCUGAGGUUGAAUUUCGGGUGAAAAUCACGACCAAAAUGGCUCUCACCAACCUAGAGAUUGGGACAGCUGAGAAAGAUCAAGUCACUCCAACUUUGAACAGCCUUAAAUACGGUGGUAAAACCGAGUCGAUGUCAGCUGACACUCAACAAAGAAUUAUCAUGAAGUUUCAAGUCCAAGACACUACAGACAAAUCUCUUAUCACUCCACACCAGGCAUUCGUCCGUUUUGUCAGCUCAACCGGCCAAGAAAUUAUAUUUGUUGCCGAACACGACAAAACUUUAACAUACAAGUUUGAGAUUGACCUUGCCACUGCUGGUCGCGAACAAUUUAACUCGGCGUCGGGAAAAUACUCGAUGCAUCUGAUUGUUGGUGACGCAACCAUCUCCAACCCUGUGUUCUGGAAAUUCGGUGACAUUAACCUGAAACUUGGUGAAGCAAAGAAAUCGAAAUCUUCAUUCGAGAGUCAUUAUUCAGCGAAACCCGAAAUCCAACACACAUUCCGACUGCCAGAAGAAAGGCCACCAGUGUUUGUGUCUCAAGCUUUCACAGUUGCUUGCCUUCUUCCUAUUGUGUUGCUGUUCAUCUUCUGGGCUAAGGUUGGUGCAAAUCUUGGAAAGUUGAAACUUGCUCCAAAGAACAUCAUCUUUCAUGCUGGACUUAUCGGAAUCUUUGUUCUUUAUUAUUUCUGCUGGAAGAGCCUUGAUAUGUUCACAACGGUUCAGUAUCUAUUUGGCGUGGGAGCUGUUACGUUUGUAUUUGGCAACUCCGUCUUGUCAGAUAUAGCUAACAACCGCUGACGAAGAACUAUGAAACAAAAUUAGAAUAGAAAUUUGGAAGCAUAUUACAUAUUACGGCGUCUUGUUUUCGAAGCAUAUCUUGGAUCGAAAUAAAAUGACUACAUUAGUACUAGA